UCUUGAUCCGCCUGCUCCGCUGUUCUUCACUGCGAAGGUCGCUAGGGUAUUUUCUGCACUGUUAGAUGGGUCUUCUCCACAUCUCCACAAGAGGUCUUCGCCUGUUGCGCUCGACUGCAUGACGCAAAAAAGUCACCUCUGCAUGCUGCUCUGGGUCCUCACCGGCUGUUUUUACUGGAGCCCAAGCUUGAGCCGCGAAUCGUGCCUGAUGGCCGGGCGAUCCCAUGCGGAUACGGGAACGCGCUUGGCGAGUGCGGAAGUCCUGGAGAUGGCGGUCAGUCUCGGUAUGGAGCAGCUCUGCCAGCUGUCCGCGCAGCUUCACUUUGUGUCGUGUUGGAUAGUGGGGUACAGCCAGCGCAGCAUUUGCAAAACUUCGUGACUGCAUGAUUCCAUGAUGUGACUCUCAUCAGAACUACUGUUCUUCGCACCGUGAC